AACGUAGUGGAAGACCAAGGGUCACCACCCGACGUCAGGUCGUCAGAUCAUAAAUCCAAAACGUGGAAGGAUGCAAUAAAUAAACCAAUGGCUUGUAAACAAUCUGUCUGUAUCAUCGGUGAAAGAAGAUUCUGUUGUAUCGUUGUAGGUUUACACGACAACAAGGAAUGGGUGAAAGUUCUAGAAACUGCCAAAGAUGGGGCCGUGGUUUCUGGAAGAAAAGAGGCUUUACAGGAGUCGGUAAAGCCCGGCGCAAGGAUAAAAUUUGACACUAACGAUUACUUUGCCGAAGUUGACAACUGUCAGAACAUAAAUGGUGAUGUAUGCUGCCAGGCACUAAUGCAUAUCAGCAAUUCUGGAUGGAAUGGAUUUCAAGGAAAUGCCUAUUGGUGGAUGAGCAAUAUUUGCACGACAGGCAACUGGCACACGAUCAGAUAUUACGUCGGAAGCACCUUCCUGUCUGGGUCACGGCUCACGUCUGCCAUUAAGUGGUUCGUUUUGAAAACGAACUACCAACAACCUGUUUACUCUACCUUUGCAAAUAGAACUGUUAAGUUGGGUAGUGUAGACACGUUUCUUUUAGCUGUUCUGCAAGGAAAGUCGAUUUCUGUGUCUCAACAGCAGAAAGUUGUAUUUCCUGUGGAAAAUAUUGAGAUCUUCAACACAGGGUCUGAUGGGAAAGCCAUGGUAAGCGCUGAACAUUUCUGGAGCUUCAGUCAGAGAGUCGCAGGAAACCAUCUGGAGUUUCAAGGCAAUGCCUACUGGUGGUUCUUGAUCCUCAACACAGCUGGUACUCGGGAUAUGUCCAGGUGGAGUGUGGGCUCUCACGCACCAAGAGGCCAGUCUCAGGAUAAAGUGGACACUGCCUGGUUUGUGGAUCCUUGUUGGGUUCCAGUUCAUACCUAUAGCGGUCUGGGCUCAGAUUCAUUGUGGACGAGGUACAUCCUGAAACUUCUCAUCGAAGCACGUGGCGGUCCAAAGUAUAUCUGCAUUGGCUAG